AGGAGUUGUUGGCGGCAUCUCGGGCCGCCAACGGCGAUGGUUGAUGUGGACUUAGCUCAGGCUGCUCUCAACGCAAUGCACAUGCGAGAUCCCGACGGAGGUGACGCCGGCACACACCACCUCGAUGCUGACAGCGUGUUCGACCCGACGGACCGGAGGUUUGGCAUUGAAAGCAGCAACCUCCUGCAAGAGUACUACCCAAGAACACAUCAGGUCGAUCCCCCGCGGAAACCCACGAUCGACUUGUUUGACUUGCCGUUUGGACUGCCGUCCCCGGUCUCAUCCACUACUCCACGGAGUGUAGCCCCGCGGGCGCGAGCGAAGAGCGCCCAUCCAAGCACUCGGCCGCAAUCGCAGCAGGUCCGCGAGAUGGCUGUCCAUUUGCUCGUGCCGUUCGAAAACAACUUGGACGCUUCAUUAACCACAACCAGCUUUACGACGCCGUCGUCGUCAGCUCUGCCACCGCGAAAAGCUAGCGACCUCGCACCCCCCGACGUCAAGUCCAAGAAACCAGCUAUACUCGAGCCGGCCAUUACCCCAACUCCGCGUCCGCCUCAGAGGAACCAGCUCCGUCCAAGCACAGGAGGGACCAAGCGACGACCGAUCAAGCUAAACAGCGACUUAGUGUGGUCUUCAUCGAAGUGCAUCAACACACUUGAGCACCGUCGCCCCAAAGUCGCGCCGCCUCUUCCUGCCAAACAACCAGGAACAGCAAGAGGUUUCAAGCAAUCGCUGCUUGUCCAUCUUGUCCCACACGUGAACUCUGAUAUGGUUCUAACUGUCGGCCAGGCGUCCACGAAGGUAAAGGAGGACGCACUGCCGAUCAGAACGCACUUGGUGCCACCUGCAAAGAUUACACUUGAGACUUCGUCCGCAAUAACGCCGCAGCUCGCACGACACCCACAGCUUCGGCCGGCCAGUGCCGAUGCAACUCGCGUGACCUCGACAACAAAAAUCCUCACAAAGCAUCGACGAGAAUUGCAUCAGCGCAUCCUCACUCAUCGCUCAGUCGUGGAAAGGCCGCAAGACGUGUCCUCGAAGAACCAACUCCUCAAGAUGUACUGCGUGCUGGAUGAAUACCACGAUGGCAAGUUUGUCAAGCGGCUCAAGCAAAAGCCUGAGAUACCGAUGCAGAAGAAACCUGCGCACCGAAACAAGUCGUCAAGACUGAACAAGGAAACUUCCACCGCCGCGCCGCAUAUUUAUUUGUCCAACCAAGAGAGUGCCAAGUGACGGCGCGCGUCGCGGCGGUCGCAGGUCGUCGCAUUUGUUGUUGAAGUGGUUGGAAGAGAUGUCCGGAUAAAUUGGUCCCAAGAACUCUUCUCCAGUGCACUUCGG